UAAAAAGUCAUAACUAUUUUUAACUUACCUUCAAUUCUAUAUUAAUUUAAUACUUUUAAAUAGGGGAAAUAUUCUUACAAUAGUAUUUUAAAUCUGAGAAGGAAUAGUACACGUUGUUUCCAUGACAACCAGUUAACACACAGAUACAACGAAAAUAAAUAUUAACUUUAUAAAACAAAACACAGGCGUUAACAAAAUGCAAAUAUCAACAGUACAGCCGGUGUUUAAGUUGGAGUUAAAUCACAAAGUUACGCCUAAUGUGGUGACCAUUGCAAAAUAUGAUGGAACGCAUCCCUGUCUAACUGCAGCCGCCGGAUAUGACAAAAUAAUUAUACACCAUCCUCACGGUGGGGUUGGUACUGGACGAGCGCAGCGCUCGCAAGCUCACGGCGAGGUGUCAGAGCUGAAUCUCAGCCAGGCUAUUAUAGCUUUAGCAUGUGGCCCAUUAAAAACAGAUUCCAACCGAGACAUGCUGCUUAUUGGAUCACCAACACAAAUAUUAGCUUACGACGUCCAUGACAAUACGGACCUCUUCUUUAAGGAGGCUCCGGAUGGUGUGAACGUUAUAAUCACUGGCAGCUUUGGGAAGCACACGGAGACACUGGCCAUCAUCGGUGGUAACAGCUCCGUGCAAGCUAUUGACUGGGAAGGGAAUGAAGUUUUUUGGAAUGUGGUCAGUGGAAAAGUAUGUGCCAUUAUCACUUUCGACUUCGACAAGGAUGGAGAAAAUGAGCUCCUCAUCGGUUCUGAUGAUUCAUUUAUCAGAGUCCUGAAGAACAAUCAGUUCAUAGCUGAAAUAUCAGAAACAGGACCAAUCUUGAGUCUGUCUCCGGUGAACGAAGUCAGAUUCGCAUAUGGACUUGCUAAUGGCACUAUCGGAAUUUACGAAGAAGGCAUUCGACUUUGGAGAGUUAAGUCGAAACAAAACGCUCUUGCUAUACAAUGGUCGGGCGAUACGCUGGCUUGCUGCUGGUCCAAUGGUCGCGUUGAUUGGCGAGAAGGCACCACGGGCAGGGUGUUGCGUCGGAUACAGAUGCGAGCCAAUGCAGCCGCCAUGCUGCUUGCAGACUACCGCUCCGUUGGUGCACCUGAUCUGGUCUGCGUUUCAGAUAAGGGCGAAGUAUUAGGCUACCCGCCGUACCAAGAAACAGCUGGCUUCAACUCAGUCGCCAAGAACCUCCCAUCGGAAGAAGACCGGCAAGCUAUCACCGAGCUUUUCAACAAGAAACAGGCGCUGAUGGUGGAACUGCAGCACUAUGAAGCGAAUGCAGCUAGUGGGAAUGCCUCACUUGACAGUCUGGAUCGUCCGGCCACAGCUAUGCCCACUAAUACCAGACUUCAGAUGGCAAUUGUGCAUUCUGAGGAUGAGGGAUGCCUACAACUGGCGAUAUCAACGAACAAUGAGACAAUAGUUCGCGCGGCGCUAGUCCUCGCUGAAGGUAUCUUUGAGAAUGGAGAAACAUUUGCUCGUCAUCCGCGACCAAGCCAGCUGCGAUCCUUACUCCACGUGCCGCUGCGCCCGCCGCGAGAUGUGCCAGUUGAUGUCCAUAUUAAGGCUCUCAUUGGUUACCCAGACAGUGAACAAUUCCACAUAUUUGAACUAACAAAACAACUCCCAAGAUUCUCCAUGUACCGACUACUGUCCAAAGAAGCAAGAAAUAAGGGCAACAGUUAUGUCUUAUUCAGGAUCACAGAGAGAGUACAAAGAAUUUGUAUCUGGGUUAACCAAAACUUCCUUCUAGAAGAAGAAUUAGAUAUUGAGUCAGAAGAAACAAAAGAACUGCAUAUAAGUCUUCUGUGUUUGAGAGACCAGUCUUAUCUGUACAUGGACUUUGGUGCAGAUGGGCAAGUCCGGUUCAGCACUCACGAUAUCAGGCUGGCUGGAGACCUGAUACAAAGUUUGGCUGUGUAUUUAAACUUAAGUGAAUUGCAGUCAACCGCGCAAUUUCCUGAAGCUGAAAAAAAACUGCGAGAGGAAAUGGAGCACGUUUCACAAAUUGGCGAGGCACGGUCUCGGCUAGCUGCAGAAACAGCUGAAAGGGCACAACUUAUCACCGCCCUACUACCAGCGGCUCAGGACGCAGCUGCAUAUGAUUUGAGAGAAAUGCUUAACCGUUAUAAGGAGGUGGUUAUGUUGAAUGAAGAACUACUCACAGGCUGUUACAUUAGACGGUCCACACAGGAACAGGCGGUAGCUUCUUUGAAGAGUUUGCAUACGAUUUUACAACAAGCCGUCAGGCUAAGAGUUGGUAAAUAUGGUAAAGCGGUAGUAGCAGCGAGUAGAAAAGCUGUCCAAAGCAAUAAUAUAGAAGCACUCAUCAAGAUCAUGCAAGUUGGGGGGGACUCCUAAAUAAAAACCACUGUUAUAUAAAUAAUUUAAUAAUAAAAAUCUUAACUAUCA